CAUGCUACCACUGCAUGAAGCGGAGGAUCAAGUGCGAUCUUACACUGCCGAAGUGCAAGAAAUGUGCCAAGAAGGGGCUGGAAUGCCCUGGAUAUGGUAUCAGAUAUCGUUUCUACGAUGAUAACACUACCGUGCUCUCCGAUAAAUCACAUCAGGCUGCAUCUUCUCCUACACCGGCGAGAGAUUGGAAGUGGGUGGAUGAUACGAGGCGAAAAAGAGCUCGAGUUCAACGGCAAAGCGUCUCUAACACUGCAGGCUCGACGUCCAACGGGCUUGAGCACCAAGACACGUUUGCGUCUCAGGUUCUACCUGCCGUAGAAGGAACUCUCGUAGCAAGGAACCACAAUGCUCAUAUCUCGCAGAUGCAUAAGGAUGUGGACUACUUAGACCCAAAGCAUUCGGGAGGCGAGCUUGUUCUUCCUGCGCCUGCUAGGCCAUUAUGCAAUCUACCCUCUAAGAUGCGCUUGUUUUUCCACCAUUUUUCUACCCAUGUCUCUCCGGUCAUGCUGAUGUACGACGACGAGGGCAAUGGCUACCGGCACCAAAUUCUUCCUUUGGCCACCUCAGAUCCGUUGGUUGCUCGCGCCGUCUGCGUGGUGGCAGCGUUCCACCUGUCUUGGUGGAUGCCGCAACUGCGCUUGCCGGCCGAGAGCUGUCGAGCGGCCAUCAUCAGUAGAUUGACCGCAUCGUCAUUUGAUUUGAACGACCAAACCUGGGCGACGAUCAUCCUGCUGAUCAUGGCAGACCUCGUAACCGGCCAUGAGCAUGCUAUCGUGCUGUACAAGAUGCUUGCUGCGUUUGUGGAUGCCCGAAUACAGGUCAAAGCCCAGGGUAGAUCGAGUCGAGCUUCUCAACUGGAAAGUUUCCUGCAUUACCAGUCCCAGAUGCUAUCUUUUUUUGCAAACCCAGUGCUGAGUGAGUCCAAAGCGCUGGCGGGCUAUGGCCAAGUCUUGGGUAAUCCUCUCGAAAGCUUUGAACGAUAUGCUCCCAAGCGCCGUCACGCUCUUGAGCCAUACCCACCGACAUAUGAUGAAGCACGGAAUCCUCGGCACUCACUGAGCGACUCUACAACCCAGCUCUACGGAGAGAUUGUCCGCGAGGCUACCCAGAUUUACAUACAAAGAGCGCGGAUAGAGGAAGAGGCCAGCAACUCAAAGCCACACAGCACCACCACCACUCUACAAGUACUAGCUGAACACAAUCUGGUUUCAACUACUGCAACCCCCACAACGUCUUGCCGAGUAGCUCGUAUACGGCGUCUACUCGAACUGGUUGACCCUUCCUCGCCAGGCGCACACACAAUUGCUUGGCCGGCAUUCAUGGCCGCCGCUGAAGCAACCAAGGAGGGGGAUCGCCAGUUCUUCUGUGCUACGUUGGAGCGAGUCUGGGCUUCGACUCGGUAUGCGAACGUUUUGAGAGGCCUUGACGCACUGCCUAUGAUUUGGGAGAGACAGCGGCAUGGGGAGAGGUGGACUACUGUCUUGCCUCAGCUAAAGACCUUUGUUAUG